AAAUUCUAGGUUCAUGGCUGACGGUGAAGAGUUUUCUACAUCUGCUCUUUAUCGAGACAAUCCGGAAUGGGCAGACGUGCAGCCGAUUUAUCCUACGAAGGAGGAGGAAGGUGCAGUUCGUAUCGCUGUCAGUGAGCAAUUCAGAGAUGCGUUUGCUUAUUUUCGUGCCGUUCUUGCUUCGGGAGAAAUGUCUUCUCGCGUUUUUCUGCUCACUGAGGAUUGCAUCCAGUUGAACCCUGCAAAUUACACUCUAUGGCAAUUUCGUCGCGAACUGCUCAAAAAGCUUGAUGUUGAUCUUUCGAAAGAGCUCAAAUAUCUGGACGACAUCAUCAUGCAAACCCCUAAAAAUUACCAGGUUUGGCAUCAUCGCAGAUGUGUUGUUGAAUGGAUUGGUGCAUCUGUUGCUGAGAAUGAACUCACAUUCACUGCUCAAGUAAUAGAAGACGAAUCUAAGAACUACCAUGCAUGGCAGUACAGGCAGUGGAUCUUAAGACACUUUGUUUUCACUGGCGAGAAUGCGGAGAAGGGAGUUGAAAAAGAGUUGGCGUUUACUUCAAAACUCCUCUUUGAGGAUCCUCGCAAUAAUUCUGCUUGGAAUAAUCGCUAUUUCGUCCUGCAAACGAACAACAAGUUAGGCGACCCAAAGACUUUGGAGAAUGAAAUUACGUUGGUGAAGCGCUUCAUCGAAAAAAUGCCUCAUAAUGAAAGUGUUUGGAAUUAUUUAGCAGGAUUACUCCUUCACAAUGGCUUAUCAUCACGUGUGGAUGUCGUAGAUUUUGUUGAAGAUCUCUAUGAACGGACCGAAGCUCCUAAAAGAGCCCCAUACAUGAUUUCUUUUCUCUGUGAUAUCUUGCUUGAGAAUAUCGAGAAUGAUAUCAAUGCAGCAGAGAAUUGCAAAAGAGCCAAAGAGCUGUACAAUGAACUCGUUUUGCUGGAUCCCGUUCGCUCAAACUAUUGGAAGUACCAAAUGCGGGUUGCUGACAACCUGCUGGAGAGGAGAGGUUUCAAAACUGUCGCGAAGUGAUCUACACGAGACUGCAGUGAUUGAGCGGUGCAGCACGUUGUUAUGAUCUUUAUAAUUUCUUUGCAUGUUUAAUUUACUUUCCGCCAUACCGGUACAUAUAAUCCGUAUUUUGUACGUUCAAUAAAAAUGUUCCAAU